CACUCUCAGAAUCUCAAACUCUAAUAGAUACUGGAAUGUGGAAACUUAAGAUCGCGGAAGGAGGGAGUCCAUGGCUUCGCACGGUGAACGAUCACGUCGGCAGGCAAUUCUGGGAGUUCGAUCCCAAUCUCGGAUCCCCCGAAGAGCUCAUGGAGAUCAACAAUGCUCGCCGCAACUUUACCAACAAUCGUUUCCAGAAAAAGCACAGUGAUGAUCUGCUCAUGCGCCUUCAGUUUGCCAAGGAAAGUCCAAGAAGGAUACUCUUACCACAAGUCAAAGUAAAAGAUACAGAAGAUAUUACGGAGGAUCAAGUAAUGACCACGUUAAGAAGAGCUAUCAGUUUUCAUUCAACUCUCCAGGCACAUGAUGGACAUUGGCCAGGAGAUUAUGGAGGUCCUAUGUUUCUACUACCUGGCUUGAUUAUUACUCUGUCUAUUACGGGGGCACUGAAUGCAGUCUUAUCUAAAGAACAUAAAUGCGAGAUGUGCCGAUAUAUUUACAAUCAUCAGAAUAGAGAUGGUGGGUGGGGCUUACACAUUGAGGGCCCCAGUACGAUGUUUGGUACUUGCUUGAGCUAUGUUACUUUGAGAUUGCUUGGUGAAGAAGCUGAUGAUGGGCAAGGGGCAGUGGAGAAAGGACGUAAGUGGCUUUUGGAUCAUGGUGGUGCCACCGCAAUAACAUCAUGGGGAAAAAUGUGGCUUUCAGUACUUGGUGUAUUUGAAUGGUCUGGAAAUAAUCCCUUGCCCCCUGAGAUAUGGCUUAUCCCAUAUGUUCUCCCGUUCCAUCCAGGAAGGCUGUGGUGUCACUGUCGGAUGGUUUACUUGCCUAUGUCGUACUUAUAUGGGAAGAGGUUUGUUGGUCCAAUCACGCCAACUGUUUUGGCUUUGAGAAAGGAGCUCUAUACUGUACCUUAUCACAAAAUAGAUUGGAAUCAUGCGCGAAACCAAUGUGCAAAGGAAGAUUUGUACUACCCUCACCCUCUGGUACAGGAUCUACUUUGGGAAUCUCUUCAGAAGGUUGUGGAACCGAUUUUAAUGCGUUGGCCUGGGAAAAAGUUGAGAGAGAAGGCUAUUCGUAUGGUGAUGGAGCACAUGCACUAUGAAGAUGAAAAUACUCGUUAUAUAUGCAUAGGGCCUGUAAACAAGGUGCUAAAUAUGCUUUGCUGUUGGAUUGAAGAUCCAAAUUCAGAGGCUUUCAAGUUACAUCUUCCAAGAAUCUAUGAUUAUCUGUGGCUUUCUGAAGAUGGCAUGAAAAUGCAGGGUUAUAAUGGAAGUCAAUUAUGGGACACUGCUUUUGCUGUUCAAGCAAUUGUUUCAACGAACCUUGCUGAAGAGUAUGGUCCAACUCUUAUGAAAGCACACACCUAUAUAAAAAACUCACAGGUUUUAGAUGAUUGCCCAGGUAAUCUUGAUUUCUGGUAUCGCCACAUUUCAAAAGGUGCUUGGCCUUUCUCAACUGCAGACCAUGGAUGGCCUAUCUCUGACUGCACAGCUGAAGGAUUAAAAGCUGCUCUACUAUUAUCAAAACUGCCAUCAGACAUUGUUGAUGAACCACUAGAUGCAAAACGGUUAUACGAUGCUGUAAAUGUCAUUCUUUCUCUACAGAAUAGUGAUGGUGGCUUUGCAACGUAUGAACUCACAAGAUCCUAUAGUUGGUUGGAGCUGCUCAACCCUGCCGAAACUUUUGGCGAUAUUGUUAUUGAUUAUCCUUAUGUGGAAUGUACCUCAGCAGCCAUUCAAGCUUUGACAUCAUUUAAGAAAUUAUACCCCGGGCAUCGGAGAGAGGAUAUAGAAAAUUGUAUUGAAAGAGCUGCUAUAUUCAUUGAAAAGAUACAAGCACCAAAUGGAUCAUGGUAUGGCUCUUGGGGAGUUUGCUUCACCUAUGGCGCGUGGUUUGGGAUAAAAGGGUUGGUCGCUGCUGGAAAGAACUACCAUAACAGUUUGAGCAUUCGUAAGGCUUGUGAUUUUCUGUUGUCCAGACAGAUUGUUUCUGGUGGUUGGGGAGAGAGUUACCUUUCAUGUCAGGACAAGGUGUAUUCGAAUCUUGAGGGCAACAGAUCUCAUGUAGUCCAUACUGGGUGGGCUAUGAUGGCUCUCAUUGAUGCUGGCCAGGCCGAAAGAGACCCAACACCAUUGCAUCAUGCAGCAAAAGUAUUAAUAAAUUCUCAAAUGGAGAAUGGAGAUUUCCCGCAGGAGGAAAUCACUGGGGUAUUCAACAAAAACUGCAUGAUAACUUACGCAGCAUACAGAAACAUAUUCCCAAUUUGGGCUUUGGGAGAGUAUCGAUGUAGGGUACUUCAGGCCUACAGAAAAACUAUAGUGAAGUAAUCUCGUGAGUGCCAUUUGCAUGUUGCUUUUCAAUAUUUCCUGAUCAUUCCCCAUUUUAGCUUUCCUUUAUUUUUCAAUAAUCUAUUUUAGCUUCCCUAAAUGUUUCAAACGUUGCAGCGGAUUACUAAAAUGUAAUGUCAUUUAGUGCAGAACAUUUUGCUUGUGAAUAAUUAUUUAUGUGCUUGCCACAGUUCCCAUUCAGUGAUUUUACAGCUGAAAGUUUUGGAAUUUAUCAGGUAUCUGUAAUUGCAUUUGUUGAUACAAUUGAGUUAUUUUUGGUUUUCUAAAAA